AUGGUUCACGCACCGUGUAUGAAGCCUAUUCAAGAUAUGCCAGGUGUAUGCCUGGCCAUUGUAUCUGACCUAUGGAACAAGCACACUCAUCGUCAAGUGCCCUGGGACGAUGCACGACGUUUGAACUUUUACAACUAUUGUCAGUAUCUCACAACCUACAUCAACGUAUCACCCGCAGUCGUUUACACGAGUCUCCAUUACAUCAAACGCUACCUCCAAGCCAUUGAUUCAUGCACACGACAAAAAAUGCUUUCUGUACAAGGAUCCGAAAAGUCACUCUUUAUGGCUGCCUUAUUACUUGCCUUCAAGAUUGUUGAAGACUGGGGCUGUGUCGAUAUGAAAUACUGGUCUCAGAUCUCAAUGAUCCCUAUCACCGAAUUGACCAGGAUAGAAAUGGAUUUCCUUUGUCAAGUCAACCAUCGUCUUCACGUGAACAAGCUCGAUUUUGUACGAUGGGUCACUCGAUGCAAUUCCAUCUUUGAACAAUGGAUGUAUUAUGUCACUUCACAAUACGAUAAGGUGGCUGCUGCAUCAUCACAACAACAACAACAAUACCCCUGCUACGUGUCUCCGGCAACCCAAUGGUAUCCUCCAUAUCAAGAUUCAUCCUGCUCCUCCUCUUACUAUUGGAAUCCCCACUGUGGCUAUUACACCAACAAUCAACUCUAUCAUCGACAACAACACCAAGCGGUUGAAAGUUAUCAUGACAGCAGUUAUAGCCGGAAGCGUAACUCGAGACGUCGAAGAACCAUGACAACGGGACGUCAUUAUCAUUAUCCAUCAUGGCAACCACAACAAUGGCAUUGGGCAUCUACAGUACCAGCCUUGGCUCCUUCAUUAACACAGUGA